AUGCAAUUCUUAUCAAGCGUGCUCCUCAGCGCCGCCGCACUUUUAGUCGGUGUAUCCCAUGCUCAGUCCUACCAAGACGGUCAGCGUCCGGAAAUUGGAGAUAGCCAGAUCGACUGGUCAACAAACUGUUCGUCGCUCUCGGCAGCCAGUGCAUUACCAUUGAAAUGUGCAUCAUUUCAAGUGCCUCUCGACUAUGUUGACCCGGACGUGGACGAUACCCUGGCUCUCACCUUAGUCAGGGUCGACGCGGUCAAGGAGCCUGUCUUGGGUAGCAUCAUGUUCAACCCGGGGGGUCCAGGCGGUAGUGGUAUACAAUAUGUCAUAGGAAGGGCUCAGGAGAUGUUGACUCUCACUGGCGGCCAGUUCAACCUUAUUGGCUUCGACCCACGCGGCGUCAAUUUUACCUUGCCAUUCACAUGCUACAACUCUUCCUCGGAGCGAUCGGCCCAAGCUCCUCCUUAUACUCGAGGCAAUUCGUCCGAUGUCGCACUUGGUCACAACUUUGUCAGUGCCGGGGUAAGCUCCCAGCAUUGUCUUCGGGCUGCCAGUGAUCGAAUCGGCCUAAUUGGCACGGCAUACGUCGCCCGGGACAUGAUCCGUAUCGUUGACGCUCUGGAUGAAGAUGGCCUCCUCCGUUUCUGGGGGGUGUCUUAUGGAACCAUCCUUGGAGCGACCGUGUCCGCCAUGUUCCCUGAAAGGGUAGACCGUGUCGUCCUCGAUUCCAAUGUCAAUGCCCAGCAAUAUUAUACAGGAUUUGAUGCGGACUCCAACGCAGAUCUUGACUCAACUCUUCAAGGUUUCUUCUCCGGUUGCAUCCAGAAUCCUUCUCGGUGCGCGCUGGCACGGAAUGGCACCGCUAUCGAAUCUCUCGCAGAAAGCAUCGACUCACUGCUGGGGAAUCUCAGACAAACUCCGUGGGCGACGGUAUCAGAUACCUCGGUCAGUUUCCUUACCUAUACCACAGUCAAGGGCUACAUUUUCGAUCGACUCUAUAGCCCGUCCCGCUGGCCAACCAUGGCUCGUGGACUACAGGGCCUACUUGACGGCAAUAUCACCGCUUUCCGUGAAACCAUGAACUCGGGAACCGCAGCAACUACCCCGGAUGCUAUCUAUGGAAUUCGCUGCGGCGAAACCUCGAUGCGCCACGACAGCUUCGAAGACCUUCGGCCGCUGCUGCAGCAGGUUGACGAACUAAGUGGCUGGGGUGGUUUCGAUUUUGGAACCAUCAACCCAAUCAGAUGCUCACGAUGGUUGGCGAAGGCUCAUGAAGUCUACCGAGGCGACUGGCAAGUCCAAACCAACUCACCCAUCCUGGUCGUGGGAAAUAGUCAUGAUCCCGUCACACCCUUUCGAUCUGCGCAGAACAACAGUGAGACAUUUGCAGGGAGCGUGCUCUUGCGCCAUGACGGCUACGGACACGGUGCCGGAGCACAGCCAUCGCUUUGCACAGCAGAAGCCAUCCGCGAGUAUUUCCUCCAUGGCACCCUCCCCAAGGCUGGCACCGUCUGUAAACCAGAUGUCCCUUUGUUCUCUACGGAUACCUGGAGGGAUGCCUAUGAGCCUCUCAACCUUACUGAUACCAUUGCUUCUCUUGGUAAAAGAGAUGACAAUGAGAAGCGUGCCCUUUUGGAGGCCAUGCUGGGCUUGGCAGAGUCUGGCCACGGUUAUGAGAACUACUAGUGACCUCACCGGGAGCGGCACAGUUUUGUUAUCAUUAGCAGGCAUUGCAUGGCGUUAUUUGGGUGUAACAUGAUGUUCCACCCGGCAUGGACAAUGUCUUUGACGACAGCUGGAGGCAAUCACGUCCACAUCUCUAGAAACACUUCAUAG